AUGCUCGGGCGACUCAAGUUUGUGAGGCUGCUCGGAGCCGCCAUAUCUCUUCCUCUAAGUCAGGCGUUCUACCUUCCCGGUACCGCUCCACAAGACUAUCAAGCUGGUGAUAAGAUCGAAGUUCAGGUCAAUUCGCUGUCGCCUAUGCUAAAGUCGAAUAUAGUAAGCCUCUUUACUCUUCAGAACUAUGAAAAACGAUCCCUGAUCGAUAUCUCUCGACUGCACUUCUGCCAGCCCGAAGGCGGACCUCAGAAACAACCAGAAUCGCUCGGCUCCAUCUUAUGGGGAGACCGGAUCUUCAACAGCCCGUUCGAGAUCAACAUGCUUGAGAAUGUCACAUGUAAAUCUCUGUGCAAGGCUAUCGUCCCGGCAGAUGACGCUCGCUUCAUCAACCAGCUGAUCAAAGACGACUACGGGAACAACUGGAUGAUAGACGGUCUACCAGCUGCGGAGAUGAAGCGGGAUUUGCAGACGGGCGAGGUGUUUUACGAUAUCGGCGGGUUUGCGUUGGGUACUCCGGUUGAUUCAUCUGACCAGCCGUCUUUCAACAAUCAUUACGACAUCUACAUUCACAAGCACCAAUCCUCCCGAGGAUCAUACCGUAUCGUAGGAGUCCUCGUAUACCCGCGCUCUGUGCAACAUUCGCCCGGAUCGGACAAACCGGAUUGCUUCAGCGAGACGCCGGUACACCUCUCAGAAGCUGUUGAUAGUCAGCUGUGGUUCAGCUACAGUGUCAGCUGGGUGGACUCCGACGUUCCUUGGGCAUUGAGAUGGGAUAUGUAUCUCCACGUCUUCGACCCCAAGAUCCACUGGUUCUGGCUGAUAAACGGACUCGUCGUUGUCGUUUUCCUGAUCCUCAUGGUCGGAAGCGUCUUGGCCAGGAACGUUUCGAAAGAUAUCGCUAGGUACAAUGCUGUCGAUCUCUCGGAAGAUGUGAGCCUUCGAUUUGGCUUCUGCCCAACUGAUUUCUGGUGGCCAUGUGUGAUGCAGCUGGUGCACGGAGAGGUCUUCCGUUCCCCUCAAAGGGUCAUGCUGCUGUCAGCCUUCGCGGGUAGCGGAGUUCAACUCGUCUGUAUCGCUGCUGUCACUCUAGUCUUUGCGUUAUUUGGAUUCCUUUCGCCUGCCAACCGAGGAGGACUCGCGACUAUGCUCCUGAUCGGCUGGACCUUGUUCAGCGCGGUCUCCGGCUACGUUUCAGCUCGAGUUUUUGGUAGCAUGCGAGGAGAAGACUGGAAGUCCAACUUGACGUUAACGGCCACGGGAUUCCCAGUCUUUGUCUUCUCAAUCACUUUCCUGCUCAACUUCUGGCUGAUUGGGUCUGGCGCUUCCGGAGCGGUCCCCUUCGGCACAAUGCUGGCCAUCCUGGCCCUGUACUUCUUGAUCUCUGGACCCCUUUGCGUGGCUGGUUACUUCUACGGGAUGCGACAAGGGCCUAUUGAACCCCCAGUCAGGACCAACUCCAUCCCUCGUCAAGUGCCACCAGCGCCAGUUUAUCUUCGAAAAUGGCCUUCCAUUGCACUUGGCGGCGCCCUACCAUUUGGAGCGGCCUUUGUUGAGCUAUACUUUAUGCUCACCUCGCUCUUCGGACAUCGUGCAUACUACGCGUUUGGCUUCUUGUUCUUGACAUUCGCCGUGGUCAACGUCACGGCCGCUGCCAUAACGGUUCUGCUCGUCUAUUUCGUCCUCUGUGCCGAAGAAUACCGAUGGCAUUGGCGGGCUUUCAUGAUCGGCGGAGCUUCCAGCUUGUGGCUGUCCGCAUACGGUACUUGGUACUGGAUCUCCAGACUUUCUUUCGACGGCUUCAGCAGCGUCGUCCUCUACUUCGGAUAUUUGUUCCUCUUUGCAACAAUGAAUUUCCUCAUGCUCGGGAGCGUGGGCUUCUUGGCUUCUUACUUCGUAGUGCACAGGCUGUACAGUUCGAUCAGAGUGGAAUGA